AAAAAUUUACCUGAUAUGCCAUUUAAAUCAGUGUCAAAAUUUCCGUGAAAAUGUCAUCCCAUUUCGGCCAUACCAUUCUCAAAAUUCUCAGCAACCACACACCGAGCAAAGCCAUUCUUCAAGAUUUCAAACGAACAUUUGCUCUAUUUAAAACAAGGGAUAAAGUCAAAGAAAUAUCUCCGUAUAUAAUUGUCAGAGCUGACAAGGAUGAAUAUAAUGAAGUCCUUAACGUUAUGCACGAAUCUUAUUAUCCAGAGGAACCGACUUGCUAUUCGUUAAAAAUUGCUCCCAAUCCAAUCUUAGAUGAACGAGCCAUGAAAGCAAUGGAAGAAGGAUUUACGUUAGUGGCGAAAUGUAAAUACAACGGAUGUAUAGUCGGAGCUUGUAUAAACGAAUCGACGAGUCCCUGGGAUCCAGAAAUGGAAGAAAAACUAGCUUGUGCCGUGAAAUGUGAUAAGCUUAAGAAACUGCUUAUGUUUUAUGCUUACAUGAUGAGAGCUCCAGAUUUGUGGAGAUGCUUAGGUGUACAGAAAGUAUAUGAGAUGUCUUAUGCUUUUGUUAAAAGAUCACACCGAAAGAAAGGAUUGGCGUAUAAGUUACUCAGCGAAUCAAAAAGCUUAGGAGCAGACGCAGGAUUUCCUGUUGUUCGAUGUGAUGCAACAAAUAUUUACACGGCAAAAAUUUGCGAAAGGUUAGGAAUGAAGAAAGUAGCAGAAAUACCGUACUGUACCUACCUGGACCAAAAUCUAGAACCCAUUUUCAAACCGCCAUGGCCUCACGAAGGUGUCAAGAUUUUUUGCGAUUGUUCUCCUCAGUUUCACGAAAUCAACAGGAAAAUUCAGAAGAAAAGCAACAUUUUUGGCUUUAGAAAAAAGAGCAAAGAGAAAGAACAAGAAGUGUGAAGAAAAAGAAGUAUUAAAUAAAUUGCAUACUUGUUUAUUAAGCGAUCAUGUAAAAGUAAAAAUGUGAAUAAAACUAUUUGAAACCAU